AUGGGAAAAUCUUUUUCGAUCUCUUUAUUAGUUUGUCAUCAUCAAAUAUUGUGGCAAGAAUCUCCGCUUGGAUGCUUCUUAACACAAAUAUUUCCAAGUCUCUUCAAUGGAGUGCAUGUUCGAGGUCAGAAAGUUUUAACUGGAACGAAAACUUCUGGAAAAAAACUUUCUCUUUCGAUCAAACAAUAA